GGAUUUCUCACUUUAUUUUAUUUUUUACGAAACAGAAAAAAAUGAAAGGCCUUUUUCUCUCUCUCUCUCUCUCUUCUCGCUUCUCUUCUCCUCUCCGAUCUUCUCUGUGACCCUCUUCUUCUUCGAUUUCCUUUGGGUUUCUUCUCCGAAUCGCCGGAGAAAAAAACCCUUCUUUGAAUCUAAAGAGACUGUUUUUUUGAAGCUAUUGACUGAUUGAUUGAUAAGGAAGAAUAAGCAUUGAUCGAUCUGAAUUUUGGGUACAAGAUGUCGAGAUUCAGAGACAGGACGGAGGAUUUCAAGGAUUCUGUUCGGAAUUCCGCUGUUUCGAUAGGUUAUAAUGAGUCUAAAGUGGCAUCAACAAUGGCGUCUUUUAUUAUACAUAAGCCAAAGGAGAGAUCGCCUUUCACGAAAGCUGCUUUCAAAACGGUACCUUUAGUGAUUCAGCAUUUUUAUCUGAAAUAUGUUUGUUGCAUUAUUGAAUGAUUCUGAUGUGGUGUUGCUACCAACUUGUCUAUGUUGGUUGAUUUAGCUUGAUAGCAUCAAGGAGUUGGAACUGUUUAUGUUGAAGCAUCGAAAGGAUUAUGUUGAUCUGCACCGGACUACAGAACAGGAAAAGGAUAGUAUUGAACAAGAAGUUGCUGCUUUUAUUAAAGCUUGCAAAGAACAGAUCGAUAUUCUCAUAAACAGUAUUAGAAAUGAAGAAGCAAACUCCAAAGGAUGGCUUGGCCUCCCCGCAGAUAACUUCAAUGCUGAUUCUAUAGCACACAAACAUGGAGUGGUUUUGAUUCUGAGUGAGAAACUUCAUUCAGUCACUGCCCAGUUUGAUCAGCUUAGAGCUACUCGUUUCCAAGAUAUUAUAAACAGAGCUAUGCCGAGAAGAAAACCUAAGAGGGUCAUAAAGGAAGCUACCCCAAUUAAUACAACUCUGGGAAAUUCGGAGUCCAUAGAACCGGAUGAAAUCCAGGCCCAACCUCGUAGAUUACAACAACAACAACUUCUAGACGAUGAAACACAAGCCCUUCAGGUAGAGCUAAGUAAUCUUUUAGAUGGUGCUAGGCAGACAGAAACUAAGAUGGUGGAGAUGUCUGCAUUAAACCACUUGAUGGCAACUCAUGUUCUGCAGCAAGCCCAACAGAUAGAGUUUCUUUAUGACCAGGCAGUUGAGGCAACAAAGAACGUGGAGCUUGGAAACAAAGAGCUUUCUCAAGCAAUCCAACGAAACAGCAGCAGCAGAACCUUUCUCUUACUGUUUUUCUUCGUCCUUACUUUCUCCGUCUUGUUCUUGGAUUGGUACAGUUAAAAAACCAUUCUCCAACAACAACUUCACACAGUUUUUGUAGAUUUUGAUUGUUAACUAUAAAUUAUGAAAAUUUGGAAAUGGGUUUAAAUGUUAAAACAAAAAUAAUGAGACUUUGGAAGGUACA